UGGGAGUGUUUAAGUGGAAGUGGGAGUUGGGGGGGGCUACAGUAUGAAAAGUAACGUCGCUGGAGGAGCAGAUGUGACUGCCGAACUGUUGGAAGCAGAUGUUAAUUAGCAGAGGAAACGUUAACGGGAAUAACUGGAUUAUGAGGAUUUGAGGAGGAGAAGUCGCCUGAACCCGGUGUCAAACACACACACAGCGGGGAGGAUUAAGUUCCGGGCGCCGUCGCUCCUCUCACCGCGCUCCGGGGGGCUGUCAUGGGCAUCGACCGGCGGCGGAGAGCCUCCCUGGCUCUCACCUUGAACUUCCUGGCGCUGUUCCUGGCCGUGUCGGCUCUCACCACCAGCUACUGGUGCGAGGGCACGCGCAAGGUGGUGAAGCCGUUCUGCACCGGUCUGGUGACCACCAAGCAGGCGUUCUGCAUCAUGUUCAAUAGCUCCAACAUCAACGACACGCGGCUGGUGCAGUACAUAUGGGAGACCGGCGAGGACAAGUACGUGAUGAGGAAGUUUCACACCGGCAUCUGGUUCUCCUGCGAGCAGAACAUCAACAUGACCGGUGAAAAAUGUCGGAGUUUCAUUUAUGUGGCRCCGGCGAACGAAAGAGGAGUGCUGUGGCUGUGCAUCGUGGCAGAGUGCCUGUACAUCCUGCUGCUGGCCACCGGGGGCAUCCUCAUGUCUUUAGAAGUUUGUCACAUUGGCAACGUCAUCGACGGCCUGAAGCUCAACGCCUUCGCUGCCAUCUUCACCGUGCUCUCGGGUCUGCUAGGUAUGGUGGCCCACAUGAUGUUCACCACAGCCUUCCAGCUGACCGUCAGUCUGGGUCCAGAGAACUGGAAACCUCAAACGUGGGACUACAGCUGGUCGUACAUACUGGCGUGGAGCUCCUUCACGGCCUGCAUGGCGUCCUCGGUUACCACCAUCAACCGCUACACCAAAACCAUCCUGGAGUUCAAGCACAAGCGCAGGAACAUUGAGAAGAACCUGAAGAUCAAGCAGAAGCUGCUGGAGCUGGACUCUCCGGAGCAAGUGUGGGACAUGUACAUCAGUUCGGUGCCGAGCACCGCCGAAGAGCUGCUGGACCUGUCGACGAGCGGCCGCAAACUCUCCAACGCCUCCAUCUUCCUGGACCUCAACGACCUACCCGACCCGCAAGGAGAGGAGUACUGCUAGAGGAACCGGGUCUUGAGACACGACAACAUGGAUGUUACGCUCUGCGCGGUACAGUGUGAAUACUGUAAAAAGGCUAGCUGAAAGUUGGAACUUUUCUUUUCCGCCACACGACUUUAUACAAUCGACUUACCGCUCUGCUUUGCUCUCUGCCAGCUCUUAAGAUGUGAAGAUGGAUCCUAAUCAUGCUGAUUCUGCUGGUUUGAAUGAAGGUUUAGCUGGUAGGUCCAACCGUCUCGUCAAUCUGAAUCUAACCUUGGCGUUAAUCCAAGGUAGCCACUGUGGGACCAAUGGGUCUGUGUGGAUUUCACCAGCAGCAUACACUGUGUUAUUUCCUUGUAUUAAAACAUCAGCUCUGUUUUUCAAUGUAUGCUUUGAGAUGCUGUAUUUUCUAAUGUAUGUGGAACAUAAAAUAGUUGAGAGUCGAUACAAAUUUGCACCAACUUCUUGGCAGUUCCCAGGAUCGCGCAGAUGCUUUUAAUUAUUUUUUUUUUGUCCCCCGCUUUGUAAAUCUGCCUUACCAAGCAGACUUUACUGAACUUGGUGUCAGCGUGAAGCACAGAAACAAAAUGAAUCUAUUCUGAAUCUUCAAGACGACAACACAGGGUAAGGGGUGCGCCCCGAGUCCUUUUAAAAAUAAACAGUUGAGUCAUAAAUUAAACAAUAAGUUAGAGUUUUUGAAAUAUGGAUGUAUAACCUAUAUCUGUGAGUCAGACUUGGAUUGUCUGUUUUUUAUUCACUUUAGCUCCCUAGUAAAGUGAAUACUCAUGCUAACUAGCAAAAAAACUAGCUAGCUAACAUGUACUUUGAUGACUAUUGUUUAUGCUUUUUUGUCUCAAAAGACCAACUUAUGUACAAAGUUUCUAUAUUUUCCAUGCAAUUUGACAUAUGAAAACAAAUUGAUAUUUAAUUGUUUUAUUAUUAUGAGCAAUCAAUAUCUUCCCUCCUAGAUAUAGUCUGAAAUGUCAGCCGAUGCUUUGAAAAAGUGUCUGCCCAAUUACAGAUUUCUUUUCUUUUCAUAACAAUCAGAUGUUUUAUUUGAUUCAAUAUUACUGACUUUCUGAUGUGUUUUAAAUGUUUCUACAUCAGAGCAUGAUUUGUUGCUUUUUUGAGAUCUUUUGUCCUACUUCAUGCUGUCAGACUGAUUGAAUUUCAGUGAUUUCUUUAUUCCUCAGAUCAAGCAGUAAUGAAUUUGAUUCAUUUGGCUCAAAUGAACCAAAUUCAGUCAUCUGAAACAAAAAAAAGUUACACCAAACUGGUUGGUUUGGAUAGCAUUUUCCUCUAGCAAAUGAAUUUUUUUUUUUUUGAUGAGCUGAAACUUUGAAGUUCAACAAAGAAGCAAAACUGAAGAACUCUGUAAAAGGGCAAACACCUUUUUAACGUCACUGUAUCUAAGAUGUCUGGAACGCAACAUAAAUCUGGUUGAAACUUUUGACAAGUUGCUAAGUUCUUCAUAUUACUUUUCCUUAGCGAUGUACCUCUGCUAAGCAUUGUUGCUAAGAAGAAAAACGACUUCUUCAAUGUAACUUAACAACUGUCCCAUUACGGCACGAAAGUCAUGCGAAGGAACAAAUUGGAUGAAAGAUCUACGAAGGAACUGACUUGAUCACCAUCCCAGUAGACGCAACAUAAUCUAAAGCAAGCACAUUCAAUAGUUUGGACACCUGACUGAUCAUUGGACUUUUCCGAUUGAUGAAGCACUGUGAGUCUGUGACUCUUCACAGCUGUAGAAGCCGAUUGCUGACUCUUCUUCAGCAACUUACUUAACGUAUAUCUGAGAGACUAAUCACUGCCUUCUUUUCAAAUGAACCAAAUUCAGUCUUCUGACACAAAAAUAGAGUUGCACCGGACAGGCUGUGGACUGAGGAGGCAUAAGCGAUCUCCAAGAAGUGAACUGAAAGACUCGGCCCUUUCACUCUCUGAGGCACGAAAAGCUGGAUUAAAGAGAAGCUGCGAGGAUGAGGAUGGGGGAUGCCUAAAGGAAACGCUGAGUGCCUUUACAUCCAGAAGCAUGCCUCUGAUCACACAGCAUGCUGAACAAAGGCAACGCCGUUUCUCUGCCUAACCCCGAUUCCAAAGCAACGGGUAGCCAUCCGUGCAAAUUGCCAAAACUUUUCCUCCGGAGAAAUGCGCCUCUUUCUAAGCUUUCUGUUUGUACUUUCACAUUAUGUCGAUGAUGCAGAACUUGAUACUUCUAGUCUGGGAGCAUUUUAAGUGCAUUUUGACUUAAUUUUUUGUGUAACGUCAAUGACUUUCCAACGUAUUCAGCCUAAGAUUCAAUUAUUUUUCCGCAAACUGGGUUUAUAAGGCUAGAGCAUGAAUCUUUUGUCUUUAUUUGUGUUUCAUAUUUUACAGUAUUUACAGUCUCUUUGUGUGGUCUCUCUUUGUUAUACUUUUGUGGGUGAUUAUUUGCAAGCUAUUAUAAUAUAAAGGAGAAUAUUUAUGAACAGAUUUUAUUGAAAGAUAAAUGGAAAAAAAAACCUGUAUCAUAAUAAAGAAUGUAAUUUCAAGUUUGAAACUUUUUUUCCCCAGACUUUCAAUUUAAAGACCACAAGGUGGCAGUGUUGCCUUUGUAUUGGUCGUGAGCAAUUUCCCACCUCAACAAGAAGCAGAAGAAUUUUAUCAAAUCAGUUAGAAUCAAAUAACAUAAGCUAAAUCGAUUAAGUCCCGAAAUUAACAUCUUUAUUUACAUUUUUAAGGCGAGCACAAGACUUUUUACAUCAUUUUAGCAGGAUUUCAUGGACUCAUUCAACUGAGGUGCAGAGAUGUAGACUGUUUCUAGAUUUCCUGAAUUAUUUUUUGUCAAAUGUAAAUGUUUCAGAUAUCCAAAUAAAUUAAAUAUACGACAAAACCAAAUGAUUUCAUUUUUGACCAGCCUGGCCCUGCAUGAAAAUAAGACUGCCGUUCUUGUUAGAUAUGAUUUAACUAACUCACCACAUAUUUUCUCAGUGUUUCAUAGUCACAGAUUAAUUCGUGAUCAUAAAUACCCAUAAAUAGGACCUGUCUGUAAACUAAAAAUCUCAAAAAGAGCAACACAAAGGCGCCCCAAAAACAGUUUGUUUUUAAGGCUUUCUAACCCCAACAAACUACAGAAAGAUCCAUAAAUCGUCUUUGCUUAAAAAUAUUUUUAUUUUUUCCUGUUGGACAACAACUAGUGCAAAAUACAUGCAAACUGAAAACGGGAAACCGUGUAAGCGGACGAGGAAGGCUCGGUCCAAACGCUGGACAGCUAGCUAGCUAGCUAGCAGCAGCACGUCGAACUUCCCGGUGUUGAUGUUCGGUUUUCUACCCCGCCGCCCUCCGCCGGCCCGUUUGCUUUGCUCAAAGCGGAACAUAGCAGGCUGGUUCCGCACUCGCUAACCUAAGCAAAGCAUACAAAUGAGCCAAGUGAUCCAUACCAGUUCCCACUACAUCCAUUUAACCACAUUCAUUAUUCAAGGAUACAAAAGCACUCAGUCAAAUCUGAGCUCAUACACAUAUUCCCUCACUCCGCCCCGCCCGCCCCUCGACUCUGCUGCUUACCGCAUGAAAGAUUCAUUCCUACCUUUUUGGAAACAAUGCGUGCAGGACAUUUUUUCAAUAUGUAUGCCCGAUUGCCCUUAAAUUCUUCAAAUCUGAGUCUGGGGAGGAAACGUUGGGAUAAAUAAAGGGUCUAGAAACGAAAAUAUGUUUGUUGUCAGUGUUCCUACACAGUCUUGAAAAGUCUGGAAAAAUGUGGAACAUGUUAGGUUUGGAUAGGUAGGGAAAGAAGAAACGAAAUAUGAGAAAAUGAUUGAUUUUCCAGACAUUUUUCCUUCUUCCAAUGUCUGAAGACAAAAAGACACAUUGAUGCAAAUUAAAUGGCUGUGCUUCAUCUUUGA